UGACAAACCAACGUUGGUUAAGAAGGUGACAAAAAUAGUAGAGGACAAGUGGGAAUCUCAAAUGGGGGUGAAGUUGUAUGGAGCUGCACUAUUCUUAAACCCAAAUAGGAUCUAUGGUCUCAAAGCUAAGCCCGAGAAAGCACGAUAUUGUCAAAGGCUUAGGCAUAUGUUCAAUGAGGUGCUAUUGCACAUGGAGCCCGAUGAUGAUAAAGCAAGCGUGAUAAGUAGAUUGGCUGAUGACUAUGAAAGAGGUGAAGGUGAAUGCUUCAGCUCUAAGUUGGCAAUCAAUGACCGAACAAAAAAGAGUCCUCUUCUUUGGUGGGGUGCUUAUGGUGGCCUUGCUUAUGAGCUGCAACAUUUAGCAAAGCACAUAGUUAGCCUUUGUGCUUCAGCUUCCGGUUGCGAACGAAAUUGGUCUUGCUUUCAAAAUAUCCAUAGCAAAAAGAGAAAUAGGUUGGAGUUCCAAAGACUUAAUGAUUUGUCAUAUGUUCAAUACAACCGGAAGAAUGCCGAUAGGUUCCAAAAGAUUCGUGAGGAAGGCUCCAAAGGGACUAGGUCUGACCCAUUAGUCCUAGAAGACAUUAGUCCUAGAAGACUUACAAUGGGACAAUGAAUGGGUUGACCAUAAUGCCCAGCCGGUUUAUGAAGGGGCUGAUAUCACUUGG